CGUAACGUACUUGUCAAAAAGCACUUUCGCAUCUUUUCCUCCUUCGCGCAGUUCGGAAAUCGGUGGUGCAUAUUUUUCUUUGAUAGUGGCCGAAGUCGUGGAUAGUAGUUUUCAUCAAAAUCAUUCGCCACGUUAACUAAUAAACGGACCAUUAAACCGUCUAUUAUAUUUGGAUGAUGUCUUAUCCACCACAAUAUUAUGGAAUGCCAAAUGGUUUCCCACAUUCUUCCAAUGGCCAGAAUCAGCAACACCAGUUUCCCCAACAACAACAACAACAGCAGCCGCAGCAACAGCUACAACAACAGAAAAGUCCCGAUCAACAAUACUAUACCAACCGACCGGGAGGAGAUCCAGCUAAUCCAACCAAAGGACCUAUGCUACCUAACGGACCGCCACCUCCGAUAGCUAAUAGUCAACCAACCCCAACAAUGAACGCUGUCAAUGCUGCAGGAGGGCCACCAAAAGCUGGCCAACAAUUACCGGCGCAAGGAACAAACAAUAGCUGGGUUCAAAAUUGGGCAGCCACCAAUGGGAACAGUACCACGUCGUCACGUACAUCUUCACCGGCAUUGGGAAGCACCCAAACCACUAUCCCUACCAUGCCACCUAUGUCUGGUGCUUCCAAGCCGGCAUCGGCACUGGUCGAAGCAACAGCCCGUGGAUAUGCAACCAAUGGUCCCAAUAACAACAAUCUUCCGGCAAUGGCAUCUAGUCAAAGUCAACCACCACCACCACAACCGACCGUGUCUCAGUCGCUGCAAAGUGGACCGACGGCAGCUGGUCUCAACGUUAGUCCGAACAAUAAUUGGACCAGUGGGAAGCUGAACGCAGGUGGAAUCAAUCUCGUUAACACACCACCGAAAAGUGCAUCGGGAAUGUCGACACCACUGAACGCCUCGACACCAACGCUUACCGGCCAGACGGUACUGAGCGGACAGCAACAAACAAUGCAAAAGUUAACGGCAAGCGUGCAAGAUCUUAGUCUUCAGCGGCCUCCAGCGAUGCCAGGUAAUGUUUUGCAAGCAGGUGGAACUGGUACGCUUCAACAGAAUCAGCAGCAAUCGGCGCAAAUGUCAACACCUAUGACUAAUGGAAACAGUGGACAGACAGGGGCAAAUGGUAACUUGAAUAGUAUGCCAGGUGCGCCGAAUCUUUCCUCACAAACUGGAAUGAAUCACAGGCCAUAUGGCCAUUUGCCACCUCCCUUGAAUAUGCAAUAUCAACAACCACAGCAACAACAACCACAACAACAACAGCCGCAACAACAUCCUGCUCCCCCAUCGAUGCUCCAAGGAACUCCAAUUACGAAUGGUCCGGGCAGUGUUAACCAUCCUGGUUUCGUCACAUCACAACAACUUCCUGCGGGAAAUAUGAAUACUCCACCCACGGCAAUGAUGAGUGGAAAUGCGUCAACGACACCUAGUAUAGGACAACCGCAAAACAAAAGGCCAUUGUAUCCCCCUACAUCGAAUAUGACUCCGCUAGUGAACAGUGGACAAGUACUGCCGCCGCAGAACACUUACGGCAGUGGUGUAGCGCAACAACCGAUGGUUCCGAUGCAAUCGCAACAGCCGCAACAACAGCUCCAGUAUCAGCAGCAACAACAGCUCCAGUAUCAGCAGCAGCAGCAACAACAACUACACCAGGCACAAAUGCAUCCACAGCAACAACAUCAGCCUCGCCCAACAUACGAGCAGAACAAGCAUCAACAACCGGCUUACGACGAUAGUGGAUACCCGAGGGAUUACUCGCGAAACGUUGUGCGCAGCGGGUUCAACAGUUUGUGGGGUACCAACGCGAUUGAUCUACUGCAGAAUCGCAACAUUUUACCCGUCGAUCGCGUUACUCCACCGGCCAUACAUUUGGUAAAUCCACUGCAAAGCUCGGUCAACUGCAAUCCGGACAUAUUCCGUUGCACGCUCAACAAGAUACCGGAAUCACUGGGAUUGUUGCAAAAAUCACGUUUACCACUGGGUUUACUGAUUCAUCCUUUCCGAGAUUUAAAUAACCUGCCUGUCAUAUCCUGCAAUUCUAUUGUGCGCUGCAAAACUUGUCGAACGUACAUCAAUCCGUUCGUGUUCUUUACCGAUAGCAAAAAGUGGCAAUGUAAUCUAUGUUAUCGCACUAACGAUCUGCCCGAAGAGUUCCAGUACGAUCCGGUCACCAAGACCUAUGGAGAUCCGACCAGAAGGCCUGAGAUCAAAUCUAGCACGAUCGAAUUUAUCGCUCCAUCAGAAUAUAUGUUGCGUCCACCACAACCGGCAAUCUAUCUGUUUCUUCUGGAUGUAUCAUCGCUAGCUCAACAGUCGGGCUAUCUGUAUACGGUUUGCAACACCCUAAUGGAACAUCUGGACAAUCUUCCCGGAGAUGCACGUACACAGGUCGGUUUCAUUGCAUUCAAUAGUGCUAUCCACUUCUACAACAUUUCCGAAGAUUACAAUCAACCACACGAAGUAACGGUUUUGGACGUUGAAGACGUUUUUCUUCCGUCUCCGGACAAUCUGCUAGUGAACUUGAAGGAGUGCAAGGAAAUGAUUAUGCAGCUGUUGAAACAAUUACCGAAGCGGUUCGAACACACACACGACACUCAUAGUGCUUUGGGAGCUGCGUUACAAGUUGCUUAUAAGAUGUUGAGUGCCUCCGGAGGACGUGUUACAGUGUUCCAAACGUGUUUACCAAACCAUGGUCCGGGAGCUUUGCAAUCAAGGGAAAAUCCAAACAAUCGUUCGUCGAAGGAAGUAGCACAUUUAGGUCCGGCUACCGAUUUCUACAAACGUCUCGCUUUGGAGUGCUCCGGUCAGCAGAUUGCUGUGGAUUUAUUUUUACUAAAUAGUCAAUACUGUGAUUUAGCCACUAUUUCUGGCAUUAGUAAAUUUAGUGGUGGAUGCAUGCAUCAUAUUCCGCUGUACAGCGAAACCAAGCCGCAGCUAGUGAAAACGCUUCGCAAAUCUUUGGAGCGAUAUUUAACGCGAAAGAUCGGGUUUGAGGCAGUUAUGCGUGUUCGUUGCACGCGCGGGUUGACAAUACACACAUUCCACGGUAACUUCUUUGUCCGCUCGACCGAUUUACUAUCCUUGCCGAAUGUUAAUCCCGACGCCGGAUUUGGAAUGCAGAUAACGUAUGAAGAAAGCUUGACCAAAAUAAAGACGGUUUGCUUCCAAGCGGCUCUGCUGUACACCAGCAGCAAGGCGGAGCGGCGCAUUCGAGUCCACACGCUUUGCAUACCGGUGACGGAAAGCCUAUCGGAGGUGAUGUACUCGGCCGAUCCACAGUGCAUAGUCGGGCUACUCUCAAAGAUGGCGGUCGAUCGUUCGGUAACCUCAAGCCUGUCAGAUGCCAGAGAUGCCUUUAUUAAUGCGACCGUCGAUAUAAUAAGCGCGUUUAGGUUGGUCCAAAAUCUGGCACAAACGUCCAGCAAGUUGAUGGUUCCAGAAAAUCUGCGACUGUUGCCUUUGUACAUUUUGGCAAUGCUGAAACAUCCCGCUUUUCGAACUGGAACCAGCACCCGGUUAGAUGAUCGUGUGUUUGCUAUGAGUGAAAUGAAAUCGCUUCCAUUGGAUCAGCUCAUGCGUUACAUAUAUCCAGAUUUCUAUCUAUUAGAUUGCUUGUUUGUGUCCGGGAACAACGGUUAUGUAGACGAUGGGCACAAAAUGGAGCCCAUGCGGUUACAGCUGUCAGCAGAGAAGUUAGACUCUCGAUCGAUGUUUUUGCUCGAUUGCGGCCCUUACAUGUAUAUUUAUAUUGGUUCUAAUGUGGCAUCUAGCAUCAUACAGGAUAUCUUAGGAUACAAUUCAGUUGCAGAAAUACCUGAUUUUUGCAUCGAUCUACCCAGUCGGGAGACGAAAGCAAGUCAAGCGUUGUUGAAUUUCCUGGAUAUUGUUAAUGAUGAGAAACCGUACACCUCUUAUGUGCAAGUAAUACGUGAUACUAGCCAAUUUAGAUCGGUGAUGAUUGAAAAGUUCGUAGAUGAUCGCAAUCCAAAUUCGCUGUCGUAUUAUGAGUUCUUGCAGCAUUUAAGUACACAGGUAAAGUAAAAUCA